AUGGCCAAGGAUAAGAAGAAAAACACUGACGCCAAGAAGGCGAAAAAGGCCGAGAAGGCAGCCAAGCAGGCAAGCAAGGGUGAGAAAAAGGUCAAGAACAAGACUGCCAAGCUAGAGGGCAGUGACGCCGAGGAUGUCGACCUGGAUGAGGUGCUGGAAGAGUAUCGCCGCCAGCAGGAGCAGUUUCUGAAGAUCACGGAGACGGUUGUCGACGGCCCUCCGAAGCCUCGAUCGGCAUCUACCAUUCUGGCCUCUCCUCAUGAGAGCAACAGCCUGCUCUUGUUUGGAGGAGAGUACUUCAACGGGUCGAUUGCGCAAUUCUACAAUGAUCUGCACAUAUACAACAUCAACCGUGAUGAGUGGCGCUGUGUAACUUCCCCCAAUGCGCCGCUGCCACGAUCUGGCCACGCCUGGACCAGAGCCUCGAACCCGAACUAUGUGUACCUGUUUGGAGGAGAAUUCUCAUCUCCAAAGCAGGGCACUUUCCACCAUUACUCUGAUUUCUGGAGACUGGAACCUGCGACAAGAGAAUGGACCAAGAUCGAGGUCAAGGGCAAGGAUAAGAGCCCGCCGGCGCGAAGUGGUCACCGGAUGACUUACUGGAAGCAGUACAUCAUCCUGUUUGGAGGCUUCCAGGACACAUCGAACCAGACCAAGUAUCUAGCCGACUUGUGGAUAUUUGAUACCGUCAACUACGUCUGGCACAGCCCCGUUCUCCCGCCUGCUCAGCUCAAGCCUGAUGCUCGUUCUUCAUUUACCUUCCUGCCUUCUGAGCAAGGAGCUUCCCUUUUUGGAGGCUACUCGAGAGUCAAGGCCACGGUGCAGUUGAAGAAACAGAAGAAGGGAAAUCAGCCCCAGGGGCAGAAGAACGUCCUCAUACCCAAGGUUCAUGAAGAUUGCUUUUUCCUUAGGAUGUCUCUCCCGCCGACUGAAGCGAAUUCGAAUACUCCGCCCGCUGUUAGAUGGGAGAAGCGAAAGAAGCCGGCAAACUCCCCUGCCCCCGUCCGCGCUGGUGCUACCAUGGCAUAUCACAAGGGCCGUGGCAUCCUUUUUGGUGGUGUACACGACGUUGAGCAAAGCGAAGAGGGGAUGGACAGCGAAUUUUUCAAUCAACUCUUCGCGUGGAAUAUCGAGAGAAAUAGAUUCAUGCCCCUCGUUUCACGUAAGCCACGCCAACAGAAGAAGAACGCACCCGAGCAGCGGGUUGGCAGACGAGGUCGUGCCCAGGCGAAUGAGGAGGAGCUCCUGCGACAACUGGCAGCACUACAAGCUGGAACUUCGUUGGAGGACAUUGAUGAUAUCGAGCUGGAUAAGAUGCUCGGUGAGCCGGAGGAUGAGGAAAAGCCAGCAAGAGAAAUGCCGGUGUCUAUGGAGCCACCGCACAUGCGCUUCAAUGCCCAGCUGACAGUUCAGAGCGACGUGCUCUUCAUUUACGGCGGUACUUAUGAAAAAGGGGAUCGGGAGUUUACGUUUGACGAUCUUUAUGCAAUCGAUUUGGUGAAACUGGAUGGAUACAAGGAAAUCUUUAACAAGCCUGUCGAAGACUGGAUCGUGAGUGUUGACGAGGAUGAGGACUAUGAAGAUGAAGAGGAGGAUGAAGAGGAUGAAGAUGAUCAGGAGGAACCUGAACAGCAGAUCCGCUCGGAGAGCAAACGCAAGAAGAAGCAAGACGAAGUAUCAGAGGUAUCUUCCGAAGCACCUACGCCAUCAAUUACGUCGGAAGAGGAAGAAACCGAAACAGCUGCCACAUCGGUUGACGAUGGCCUGCCGCAUCCAAGACCUUUCGAAUCUCGCCGCGAAUUCUUCGUCCGCACCUCCGCAGAGUGGCAGGAGAUCCUCAUGACCAACCUCCGGUGGAAGAACAUCCAGCCGGAGACGCUCGCCAUCAAGGAGAUCAAGGCCAAGGCAUUUGAACUCAGUGAGGAGAAGUGGUGGGACUGCCGCGAGGAAAUCACGGCGCUGGAGGAGGAGCAGGAGGCGGCGGGCAUUCAGGAGGUGGUCAGUCUGGCGGAGAGGGGAGACGGCGGUGCUGCUGGGGGCGCAAGGAGGAGGUGA